GCCUCCUCUCCCAUCUUCGAAAAAACAACCAUGCGGCGCUCGAGGCGAGCGUGCGGCGUCUGAUGAGUCGGCGGCAGUUAUUCUUCCGACGUGCUCCUUGGUCGUCGGUCGUCGAUGCCCGCCGAUAAGUGACACAGUGACCGUCUGACUUGGAGCUCUUCGUCCCAGACGCUAGGUACCUGCUGGCCAAAUACGGAGGUUAUCUUUGCCGUUUCUGUGGAACGUCGUCAGACAUCCAAACAUCCGUGGAGGAUACUUGCUAAAGUUUAACUACAGGUGGUGUAAGAGUUAGGAGACUAACCGUAGUCACCGACCACUACGACUACCACCCAAACGACAGUGUUCAGACUAGCAGACGUACGCCGCGGACUAGGACAGCCACAAGAAAUUCGGGAGUCUUGCAUGCUGAUCGCAACCUUGGAGUCCAAGUGGAUACCUCUGCGGCAACUCGAAGACGUUGGAUUGUGAGCAGCGACACUGUAGUGAAACUUUGUGAGAAGCAAGCGAAACGUUGUACUUUGGAGAUUUCUCGUUUUCCUUUCGUUGGAAUAUUUAGUUCUAAAACGGAAUGACGUGAGCUGUGGAUGUGCUCAGUUUUGUGGGUGAGGGUGCGCGGAACUGGAAGAUGACAACAGUUUCGCUAUUUACGCCAAACAUGGCGCUCCACGAAAGAUCACUCUCUACCCCAUUCUUAGCUGUGUGCUAAGGGGUUGAUUUGAGAGGGAUUCGACUGCAGUGCACUUUCUUUUUUUUUUUGCCGUGAACUUUUUCACUCGUAAACGGCGAAGUUGUCUGUCACCGCCCUCAUACGGAAUCUCCUACAUCGUAGACAACACUGUUGCACCACUCCAGGCAAAUCAUAUUUCACGAGGCACAGUGAAAAGUGAUAUACAAGUCUUUGUGAAGCGGUCGGUAUACAUCUCCAGGUGUCAUCACGUCAACUGACAUCGCGGAAACAUCCCCAAACCCACCCCAGAUAAAACCCUGGUGACCCACCGUCCAGAUGGCAAGUCUCAAGCCAACGUGGUCCACUCGGGCGACGCGAUUGUCGGCAGUCGGGUUGUUGCUGUCACUGUCCACGUGGCCCGGCGGCGUUGCAUGUACCGAGGAUCCGAGUCCCGCAAUCUACCCGGGCCAGGCGAACAUCGCCCUGCUGAUGCCUCUGCGAACCACGGCAAGAAACGGCAGCGCCUCCGCGGGGUCCAACGGAGACGGCGCUUGCGGCUCCCUGGACCCGCGCCGUGUGCGGCUUGCCCUGGCCGGAGUGUGGGCUGCGCAGCAGGCGAACUUCAGGAAGGCCCCGUCCGAUUUCAACCUGGGCGUGUACCUGUACGACACUUGCGGGCGCGAUGACGUGGCCCUGCGGCAAAGCGUGCGCGUCAUCCACCAGGCGGGUCACGUGCGCUCCAUGGCCUGCCCCACAACGCGGGUUCCACCCGUUUUCGGUGCCAUCCUCCAGGGGGACGUGGAGACCGUCGAGACCACGGCCAAGACCCUGGCCUCCUUCUCGAUUCCCGCGGUGGCCGCCAGGGACGUUCCGGCAGAGAGCGUCCGAAGACUGCGCAAUCUGUACAGCACCGCCCCGGCGGCUACUUCGCUCGCAAGGGCCUUGGCGAGCACUCUGCGUCGGCUGGGCUGGUCGUACGUGGCCGUCAUGUCAACGGCCGAGGACAGGCCCCGCGAGCUGUCGAGAGCUUUCCUGCGCGUGGCCCGCGACAUGGCCAUCGACAUCAUGAGCGCCGACGCGCCGGCAGGAUUCUCCCACCAGCAGGUGCAAGAAGCGCUGGGCUCCACGAAGCAGCUUGUCGAGAGCGGCUGCCGUGCGGCUGCGCUCUUCGUGACCCCCGCCGAGGCCAAGGCGUUCCUGGUGAGCUACGAGCCCGAUCCGGACGCCGCCUUCUCCUGGGUCCUGGUGACGCCCGGAGACGUGACGGCUUCGCUGGCGGGUCUGCUGGCGCCGCACAAGCUGAGGCGCCUGCGUCACGUGCUCUUCGCGUCUCCGGACGACACGCAACGGCCGGCCGAGUACGGCGACUACCUGCGCGACCUCAUGGACAGGGACGGAGCGGCGCCACUGCUGCAGGAGCUGCGCAAGACUUACUCCAGGAACGACGUGGUUGAGCGCUGGAACGACGAAAUGAGCGACAGCGCGGAAGCGGUGGCCGUCAUCCGGGCUGUGUGGGCCAUGGGUGCCGCCCUGCGUGCCGUGCAGAGGGUGCAGUGUGGCCGCGGCACCGACUGCCUCUUCGGCGGCCGCCAGGGGCUGAGUGCGUCCGUGCUGGAGGCGCUCGACUCGCUCAACUUCAACAUGACCGGCGCAGGGGUGGCGUCUCUGAGCGACACGCCGCUCAAGUUCUCGCACGAGAGGCACGUGUCAACGCUCCAGUACGCCGUCAAGGCCGUCUCCACCAGCGGCGAAGUGCUACAGAUAUCCGGUUACACGGACGACACUGGCCUUGAAGUGGACGAUGUCUUGGUGCCGACCCGAGGCCCCUUCAUUCGAGGAUCCGCCGUGGAAGCCGGCAAGACGAGCGUCAAGCCGUCCACAAGGCAGCGCUCUUCUAACUUACGCUCCAGCAACCUGGAAAUCCACAACGAUGGUGUACCCCAACCACUGGGCGACGACACCACCAGCUCACCGUCACAGUCCCAGACGGCCUCGGACGAGGACUACGGAGCGCUCGCCGACAAGACCUCCACGGUACCCGGAGCCGUCCGGCUGGCCAAGCCGAAGCUGUACACAAUCUGGAUAGCCAAACCUUGGACACUCGCCGUCGUCAUCAUGUGCGGACUCGGAAUCCUCCUCAGCGCCUACGUCGCGGUGUUCCUUUUGAUGAAGCUCUGUGAAGGCGUCGUGCGCAAGGGUCAUCAGCUGACAUCUCUCCUGCUGCUUCUCUCGGUGGUCAGCCUCUUCUUGUCGGCACUGCUGUUCACCUUCCGGCCUAGGCCCCGACUGUGCGCCGUCCAGCAGUUGGCGCAUCACACCAGCUACGCGUUCGCUUUCGGUGCGCUGCUCCUGAAGGGAAUGCACCUGAACGCCAUGCAGAGUGCUGGUCUAGGUGGCCGAGCUAGCGGCCUCAACCAGCUGCUCACCAUAUGCUUCCUCGUGGCCGUCCAAAUGGCCCUGGAGGCGCAGGCCUGGAUGCUCUCUCCGCCUCGAUGGUGCAAGCUAAACCAGACCCGCUUCCUGCUGCACCAGGCCUACCCAUGCGUCGUGCUGGCCCUCGCCGUGCUCAUGGCCUUUCGAACGCGCAACUGCUCCUACCACCGGCGUGACUCCAGGAGCCUGCUGUGCACCAGUCUCCUGGCGGUGCCGAUCCUAGCGGCGGGACACACGGCGUUCCUGUUGCUGGGACCAGGAGAGCAUCAGAUAGCGGCGCUAACUUUCGCUCUGAUCGCCACAGGGUUCCUGAUCCUCGUGGGUAUCUUCGCACCGUAUCUCAGGGCACUGCACAAGCGAGGCGGCUACGGCCACAAGCCGCUAAGCUACUCGGACUCGUCGGCGUCCGCCUUCACCACGUUCCAGCACCACCACAAGGACAGCGGGUCCGCAAUACCCGAGUGCUGCUACGCUCGCGGAGGCAGGGCCGUCACCAUCGUACAGCAGUCCAACAGGAACGGGGCCGGGCCGUCUCAUCACGUCAGAAACCCCCUCUACAUUCCGGGCUCCGCUUACCCGUAGGCUCGACGAACCGGCAGUUCAUUGUGGACCACCGCGACCUAAGUAGACAGGACAGCCGCAGCUCACACUCGGGACGACAGACACUGGCAAAAGGUGAACACACCUCUGUCGUGGCUUCUCCUCGCUUUGUGCACAGAGAUGCGUGUUUCUGCAGUCCACCACUAUCAACAGGUGGAAAAUAGCCGCGCGCUGUGUCAACGAGGUGCUGUGGACUUUCUGUGCCGACUGAAAUUUUAUGUGAAGACUUUGGAAGCGUUGCUGACCUCGUUGAAGAACGCGUUGUUAUGUGACGAACUGUGGUCGUGUCGCAUGACUCCUCGCAUGUGUCCUACGUUCAGGAUGAAUUAAGAGCUGGCUAUAGUUGCGCUGCAGCUGUGGAUCUCUCCCUGACCUAAGCGGUCAGGCCGAGCUCGUCAAGACACGCGAGACGGAGUCUACGUAGCCGCCAGUAGCCCCCUUUUCUGAUCCUGAAGAUACAAUAGGCACCAUAUCCCCAUCGCAGCAAACAGAUAUUUUCUAUUUCCUAACUCCCGAGAUUAUGUCAUGCUACACGUGCUGGUGCACAAACCCUAUGACGAACGCGCCUUUGUGCCUAAAAGGUGGGCCUUUCACAAGACUUACUAAGUCUUGUGACACAGGACUUUCCGUAUUAUUUCAGACGUGCCACGGUGGUGCAUUUAGGUGAAAACGUUGACUUUGGAAGGCAUUUACGUAUAUAGGUACGCCGUCGCCUACAAUGUUCACAAAACAAUCUACAGCAUUUCUGCACGAAGGCAUGCGGUGCGAAAAGCAAUUAUGUGUGUCAUAGAACGUCCUAUGUUCGGCCCCUAACGCAGUUGUGUACUUCGCGGUAUAGCGAUGCUCCCGCAGCAGCACAUUUGCGCUUGUGUUGUAGGGUGAUGGUUCGAGAUAAUUUUGUUUCGAUCAGGCGUGGCCGGAGGAAUAAUAUAAAGUCCUCGGAUUCUCUUUCAUCAAUUCACUUCGGUGGCUGUAGCUUCACUGAAAAUUGUAACUGGCAAAUCAGUUCUGCGGAAACAGGCAAGGUGUGUAAGCGUUGUGAAAGAUAAAGUCGAUACGUACCCGUUUUCAGCAUAAAACUUUAUUUCAUGCUGGAAACCUGCACUUUUUCAGGGCAGCGUUUUUGAUAGCUCACAAAAAAAGCACUGCUUGCUAAGAAGGGAAAAAAUACUGUUUAUAGCCAAUGCAUCCCACCAGAUGGCGACAAUUACGGGUGCAUCGGGUGCAGCACUUAUCAUCGUUCCAUGCUUCUGCGAUGUCUCCAUUUUUACCUUACGAAAGAAAGGGACAUGUUUAAGACGUUCUUCAAGGACUUCAUGGAUUUCUUUUACAGACUCUGUUAUUAGUUGCUUGACAAACGGGUAUGGAGUGCCAUCGUUCUCUUGUAGGCGUAGUGUAAAGAAGAGACGUAAUGUGGCGUUGGUCAAAGCAGGACACGAAUGUUGUCUAAUGUGAACUGAGGCAGUAUUAAUAGUUCACCACUUCGUUGCUAGUAAAGCACGAAAAGGUGUUCUCAAAUUGAUGCUCGAAUGAUUGUUCACCAUUCCUUUUUUUUUUUUUGAACUCCUCGCAUUGCCUUCAAUGGCGAGAAAACGGGACCUGUAAGACGUGGCGAACCUCGGUGAUCGAGCUACGGGGGCGUGUGGGUACCGUUACGUUUCUGUGCCCGUUUACAAACAAGAGCGAUUGUGCUAUGAAAUCGCUCAUAGAGAACAUGUCAGUUCAUCGAAAUUAUGUUCAUAUACCACUCGCGAAGAUGGCGGGUCAACGGAAAAACAAAACAAAAAAAUAUAUGAAGUGGUUGUCUAUUUUUCUGUUUACGGAAACGUGAACGACCUGAAUUUUGCAGGUACCAGUGUUACGAAAAAUAAACCGUCAUUCAACUUCAG